AUGGGGGCUGCCGCAUCUGGAGUUAGCACGCAAAUGCAAGCGGAGCACGAUCCGAACGCCGCGUUUCCAUGGUGGGUUCGCUUCUUGGCCAAAGGAGUCGCCAUCCUCGGAGGAUUCCUCUCGCUCUUCUUUGGAGUUCUCGGACUCAUCACUCUCUCGGCAACAUGUAUGGUCGCCAUUCUUCUCCAAAUGACAGCCGGAGCACUCGUCAUCGCCUUGGAAGCUCCGUUCUGCUGCCAGUUCGUCGACUUCAUCGAGAAGAUUGCCCGUUUCAGCGAGUCUCGUCAACUCUGGCACAAGGCUGCUAUCUACGGAGUCAUGGGCCUCAUCCCAAUCUUCCUCUGCAUCGAACUCAACACCAUCCUUGGCAGUGGAACCAUCUUUGCGUCUGGUGUCAUCUACGGAUUCAUGGCUCUCGGAAAGAAGGCCGAUCGCAACAAUAUGAUGGCUGCUGGAGAUCCGGCAUGGAGUCCACAAGUCAACCAGUCCAACAUCCCAUAA